GGUGCCGUUUUAAAUCUUUUGGAGGGAUCCCCGAAGCGUGCGCCUCAGAGGCGUACUAAGCUUGUGCUAAGUAAGGCAAUAAGCACUUUACGGAACGCGUUUUUGGCUAAAAAAUACAUCGACGCGAUGGUCCCGUAGAUCACAAGAAGAUGGAUUGAAUAUCCUCCGUAGCGUGGCCGAAGGCGAUAACACAACCCGAGUAUACGGCCAGCGGGGGGAAUCAAACCGGCGAAAGCUGAUUUUGGGGCAACACCAUGGGCUGGGCGACUUGGGCAGAAGAGGCCGAACCAGCGGUCGACCGCUAGGCUUAGGCUUAGCCGUCAUCAGGCAUCUCAUUUCUCUCACGUUCUCGGAUCAUUCCUUCUUGUUCCCCGUCUGCGCUUUUACCAGCGCCCGUUCUUGUUUUCCCGACAUUCCCUACCUCUUUGGGUGACUUUCGCCCCCUUUUCUUGUCGGCUUUCUUGCCGGUCUUCUUCCUUAUCUAGAUUUUCGCGCCUUCUCGUCGUCCUUCUAAUAUUUUUUUCUUCCUUCGCAUGAAAUGUUUGGUGUUGUUUUAUCCUUUCUGACAGCAUCUAAGAGUCGAUCUUUUGCUUCAUCUUCAGAUCUUCUUUUAUUCUGUACUUUUGGGUUUCCAAAUAUUUCCUUGCUCCUGCAAGAAGCUGAUAAACGUUUUCCUUGAAGCUGAUUUUGAGAGAGAGAGAAAGCUGCGCCUUUCGUUUUCCAAUCUUUCUCCUGCAGGAAUUAUUUGGGAGAGACUGUGUUUUGGUCCUCAAACUUUUUUUUCCUUUUGUUACUCUUUUGUCAUCUGGUUUUGGAAGAAGGAUUGGCUGCGACUGGAAGGAGCCGUCCAAGAAUGUCCUGGAUUUGGCGGUUUGUUUGUGAUCACCUGCCUAGCUACUGACGGCCCCUCUGCAACCCUAACAGCCACGGCAUUUUUGCUUUUUCUUGGGCCUCAGUGUGGCGAGAAAUCUUGGGCUAGAAAGUAAAAUUGCCUCUUAGUUUCAGAUGCAGGUGCUGCCUUCGCUCGUCUUAGACCACCCAUGAUCUCCCUCGUGCUUCUAGAAACUCUCGCAUCUGCUUCUUAAGCAAAGGGGAAAAGGGAAGAAAAGGAAAAGGGGGUCAUUGGAGGGGUAGUAUGUCUCAGAAGGGCGAUAGAUUCCACGAAGAUGUGUCUAGCAAUCAAUUCCUUGACCGUAGCAAGGUCAGGAUUCUACUAUGCGAAAAUGACUCCAAAAGUUGCCAAGAAGUUACGGAUUUGCUUUGCAAAUGCUCUUACCAGGUAACUGCUGUAAAGACCCCGAGGCAGGUGAUCGAUGCUCUAAAUGCCCAAGGCGAGGACAUCGACAUUAUACUAUCGGAAGUCGAUCUUCCAGUUGCCAAAGGCUUUAAGAUGCUGAAGUAUAUCAUGAGGGAGAAGGAACUCAGGAGAAUACCUAUCAUUAUGAUGUCCGCAAAAGAUGAGGUCUCCGUGGUCGUCAAAUGCCUGAGGCUUGGUGCUGCGGACUACCUCGUAAAACCCUUGCGCACUAAUGAGCUGCUGAACUUGUGGACUCACAUGUGGAGGAGGAGAAAAAUGCUUGGCGUCGCAGAGAAGAACAUUCUGAGCCACGAACUUGAUAUGCCCGCAUCUGACCCGAGUGACACAAAUACAAACAGUACGACUCCCUUCUCGGAUGACACAGAUGACAAGAAAUGUAGGCGCAGCACAAUGCCGGAAGUGAACACAUCCAUCCCUAACGAAUGUGAGUCGCAUGCUUUUGCAGCUGGGGAACCACAAGUUGAGCUUUUCACAGAGUAUGAACCUCGAGUGUCGGGAGCUACCAGUCUUCCAGGAAUACUAUCGUGCCCUAGAAGGAGCGAGCUCAAGGUCGGAGAGUCAUCAGCCUUCUUUACAUACAUCAGGUCAAAUGCGCCUGGAAUUUGUACUUCUGAUUUUAGGUGUUCAAGCACAGGCGCAUCAGCAGCAGGUCUUCACCACGGUGAACAGUGCCCAGUUGCAAACCAGUCACUGGAUGACCCUGAAGCUCAGAUACCUAGAGACUCUAGCCGUGCUUUUUGCACCAUCAGGACUGAUGCUGAUACAACUUGCAUUGCUGAUAUGACACUUGGUAUGUCUAGACCUUCUGAGUUGCAAAGACUCAGAUUGUCUGGUGAAGAGGAACCUGGGAUGAAGUUGCCUUCUACUAGUCACAGCAAGACCACAUCUUUUGACUCUUCACAAGAUUGGUUCUUGCCCAAUGAACAGGGAUCUGGGACUGGAUUGCAUCCUAGCAAUCCAGGAAAUGUAGGUGAUACUGUCUCUCAGGCAGUUGCUCGAUCUCCUCUCUAUAUGCCACAAAUGCUAAAAACAGUAGUGGGACCACCUGCUGCUCAUAUAUUUCAAGGAAGCUUGCAAGAAGGACCAAGUCAUGUGCCUUCAAACUUGCUAACUUGCUAUAAUGGUCUUCCACAGUGCCAGGCUGUGCCACUUAUGGCACCCUUUUCAUAUUAUCCACUUGGUAUUGGAAUGCAUGCAGCACAAAUGCAAACAUUACAUACUUGGCUUCCCGCGGCUAACUCUUCAGUGCCUGAAAUGAAGACUGCUUGUUUAGCUAGGAGAGAAGCUGCAUUAGUCAAAUUUAGGAACAAAAGAAAAGAACGUUGCUUCGAUAAAAAAAUUCGGUAUGUAAAUCGUAAACGCCUUGCCGAAAACAGACCUCGGGUUCGUGGUCAGUUUGUCAGACAGGCAUUUGAUGCAGAAACUCGUUCUAAUGGACAGACAGUCACAAAUAAUGAUUCUGAUUUGGAUGAAGAUGAGGAUGAAGAUGGACCAGUUUCAAGUGAACUAGGAGCAGAUUCUGCACCUGAGUGUGAAUCAGAAUUUUAGCCUGCAGUUGAGUUUGGUGCUGGUACCCAGAUUUUGACAUCUUCGUGUGCAGUUUUUGUCUUACCAUGAAUUCAAUAUCUAGUAAGACCUCUUUGCCAUUACUUCAUUUAGAUUGCACCACUUGAAUCUCUACUAGUGUAAAACAUUUCAAGGAUUGGAAUGCAGAAGCAGGAUUUAAAUAUUUCCUGAUGAAGAAUGGAGUUACUAGUGCAUCCUGUUCACUUGUAAUAAAUUUUUUAACUUGAACAAAUAUUACCUACCAUUCAUUGGCAUGGUAAGCAUCAACGUAAGUUCAUGCUUGCCAUUUCCUUUUCGUUCUCUUA